AUGUUGGACUUAAGCUUAUCAAUGUCACUGCCUAACCCUAUGGAAAUUGUCAAUAUAAAUGUUACAGAAGGAUAUAGAGAUUUAUGCAGUUAUGAAGAUGAUGAAGUCAAUAGUGAUGAUGAGACAGAUGAUAUUGAUGAAGGACAUAUUCCAUUAGAUAGCUCAUCAGAUACAGACAUUGAUAGUUCUAUUUAUAAGAUUGAAACGAAGCCAUUUGUUGUUGGACAUCAGGAGGACAACAGAUUUAGAGUAUUUGAGCGAUUGUUUUGGUGUUUUCAUCAAUGUAAGAAAGCAUUCAACUUUUGCAAACCUAUUAUUCAAAUAGAUGGAACAUUUUUGUAUGGUAAGUAUCGUCAUACAUUGUUGAUUGCAACAACACAAGAUGGGAAUAAUUGUAUCCUACCACUAGCAUUUGCUAUUGUUGAAGGGGAGACUCUGCCAGCAUGGGAAUGGUUUUUGGCAAUGAUUCGUGUCCACUAUUUGUACAUUGCAGCAUAUAUACCUUCGAAGCUUGUAUUUGAAGAGAAGUUGAGAAGAUUCCACACUGAAUCAUCAGAAAUACAGAGGUGGAUCGACAACAUAUCGAAGGAAAAGUGGGCUUUGAGUCAUGACGUUGAUGGACGCCGUUAUGGACAUAUGACCACAAAUUUGUCAGAAGCUGUUAACAAGGUAUUGAAGGGAGCAAGAAACUUACCUAUAACUGCUCUAGUUAAAUGCACUUAUGGACGAAUGGUUGAAUAUUUUGUGAAGCGUGGAGAGGACGCAAUGAAUGACUUGAACCAUGGUAAGAGGUUUUGUUCAAAACUAAUGCUAAAAAUGCAGAAAAAUCAAGAGGAAGCAUCUUCGCAUCAAGUGAGACGAUAUGAUAUAGUAAGAACAACAUUUGAGGUUGAAGAGGCCUUUAAUCCUAUCACGCAAAGGGGUGGUAACAAAUGGAAUGUUGUUCUGUGUAGAAGAUACUGUGAAUGUGGAAGAUUUCAGGCAUAUCGAUUUCCAUGCUUACAUGUGAUUGCUGCUUGUGCAUUGGUAAGUAUUGACUUUUGGCAAUAUGUUGAUGAUGUUUACUCUGUGCAAAAUGUUGUCCAUGCAUAUUCAUCACAAUGGUUCCCUUUGGGAAAUGAUGGUAAUAUUCUUACACGCAAUGAGUGGAAGUUAGUGCCUGAUGAGACAAGAAUCAGAGGUAAAGGAAGACCAAAAUCAUCUCGAAUUAAGAAUGAAAUGGAUUGGGUUGAGUCACAAAGUAGAACCUGA